AUGUGUGAGCAAGUCAUGCAACACUCUCAGUCUCUCACAUCCGAUUCAAACUUUAUCGAUAAACAUCUUAAAGUAUCGUCAGAAAACCCACACCUCACUUUAUCAAUAUCUUGGUAUCAAAGACAGAUAGUUACUUGGAAUGUCGUACCCUUCCCCGUGCAUUGUUUACUCAAAAAUCCAUCGGCCAACAUUUCCAGCGAUGAUUUCCAUCAUAUGGAGAACUCUUCCAUGUUCGUUGGUUCAUGUAACGGAUUGCUUUGUUUUCAUUCUUGGAACCGUGGACCAGAACCACCUUUCAAGUUCCUCCAUAUCUCCAACCCUGCCACCAGAACAAGAUCUCAACAAAUUGAGUACACAUUUGGCAAGGAUUUUAGUUUUACAUUUGGUUAUGAUGCUUCAUCGAGAACUUAUAAGAUUGUAGCUUUUCGUGCUGAUCAAGGAAAUAGUGAGGUUAGAGUUUUCAAUCUAGGUGAUAAUUGUUGGAGAAAUAUUCAGAAUUUUCCAGUGGUUCCAUAUAAUAGGUUGGAUAAUUGUAUGUUUCCCAGGUGGUUUAAUAAUGGUGCGCAUUUCUGUGGCACCAUUAAUUGGUUGGCUCUCGACAAGUCUAUCACUGAUCAUAUUAACCAGUUUGUGGUUGUUUCGCUCGACCUUUCCACGGAGACAUACAAACAGUUUAUGCUGCCUCUCGGUUUAGCUGAUGAGGUGCCAAUUUCUCAGCUGAUUCUUAGGGUUCUAUUGGACUCUCUUUGUUUUUCUCAUGAUUCCAACAAAACUGAAUUUAUUUUAUGGAAGAUGAAGGAGUAUGGGGUUCAAGAGUCUUGGAUUCAAUUAUUUAAGAUCAGCUACCAAAAUCUUGCAAUGCAACUUCCAAUGCUUAACAUUGAUUAUGAUGAUUCACAUUAUCAAUUGCGGUGCCUUUAUAUAAAUGGUGAUGUAGUAAUUUUUGCAAGUUUUUGCAAAUAUUCAUUUAUCUCUGAUUCAUUUAUCUAUAAUUUAAAAGAUAAAACAGUGGUUAAAAUUGAAAGUGAAUAUAUGAUACAUUGGUUCUCUGAUUCCAAGGACUAUGUAGAAAGUUUGGUUUCUGUUUAUUGA